AUGGUGGGAAUAACAUUACUUUUAGAUCUAUGGAGGAAAAACCAACAAAGCUUUAACAUGGCACAUACCUAUCCAUCUUCUUGGCUUUUCUCUGCAUCUGCCACUGCUGCCUCAAUUUCUGCUGGAGCAUCUUUUGCUUCAAAUCAUUUUUUGGGGACACCAAUAGCUUAUUCUGACGCUGGAGUGGCAAUUCCCGAUGAUUACCUUUCCGGCGUUCGAACUUCGACCGGGAAAUAUUUUUACCAUGAUACUUUAAAGUAUACUACUACAAAGAGCUACAAUGUUGAACUUAAACCAUUAUGGUCUGCUCUUGAAUUGAGGUCAUUUGCAUUGAUUUCAUUGAGAUCAUUCUUGAUGUUUUAUUUGCCUCUUUUGGAGCCUCAUGCAAAAAUGGAACAAGAUUUUCAUGACUUUAUUCUAGACAAAAAAGAUGAACUUCGUAGCAAUUUGGCUACCCCAUUCAAAAAGUCACUUUUGCAAAUUGCUCGUGAGGUUACAGUUGUAACAACUACACGCAUUUUAGAAAGAAUUACUUUCCGUUAUGUUUCAACAAAAAGGGCAUGGAGACUUCUUAAAGAUGUUCCUACAUCGGCGGCUCGCAAGGCGGGAAGGGGAAUGCCAAAUUAUGUUUACUUCUAUUCUGUGAGCAGAGCAACUUUUAGAGGGCACAUACUUGGUGUUGCAGCAUCAUGGAUUGUUCAAGUAGGAGUCAGAGUAUUUCAAUUCUUUACUUUUAAGUCAACAAAUGAAGAUGGUAGCAUUAACAAAGAUGAAAGAAAUAGAAUUUUCAAAGAGAAAGUUUUCAUAGCUACACUUAAGUGUAAUGCAUCUCUAAUUUUUGCAUCUAUUGGUGGAGGAAUUGGAGCUACCCUUUUUCGUCCUUCAAUUGGUCAAUGGAUUGGUUGCGUUGUUGGUGAUUUGACUGGGCCAGUUAUUGUAGCAGUUUGUUGUAACAAAGCUUUUGACUGGAACCUUUAGUGUUGUUUAUGUUUUUCUUACAAAUUCAUUUCCUAUAAUUCAUACAAGACUUAUGUAUCAAGAUUUAAGAUAUUUUGUAGCACUUAAAUGCCAUUUCUGAUUUAAGAACUUCCAAC